UGACACCUGUGGUUUUCCUCCUUUGGCCAGUCUAAAUGUCUGCGGCCUACCGAAUUAGGCAAAAGUCUGAUCCCAUUGUGCUUUCAAAGGCUACAAAUGCUAAAGAAUGGGGGAAAUUACACAAUUUAAGACUGUACAUUAUCUAUUUCCAUGUAAAAGACGAAGGUGUAAAAUCAAUGAGUCAGUUGCUUACAUGACAAGGCGAUAUGAUUCUUGCCUUCUGUUUAUCUGUGCUUGUGGGCCUGCUGCUGGGUGCUCUGAUAUACGUUCUGAUGACCUGGGCAUCCAGGCGCAGAGCCACCGCCAGGAUCACCAGGCGCUCUAAAAAGAAACCUGGCACUUCACAAACACAAAACCCCAUGAACAGCCAGCUGGGCCUCUACCGGAGCACCUUUCUGAGUGUCUACAGACAGCCCUCUCUGGAGCCAGUGGGUCCUUUGGGGAGUAAGCCCGGUGCAGAGACCUCCACCUUCCGGCCACUGCCCAAGAGGAGCAGGGCUGGCCUGGAGAUGGGGGAGGACACCCAGAUCAGCGUGCCUGAGGACACGGCGGCUUCAAACUCAUCUGAUUCGGCAUCGUUCGUGCCAAACAAGAGACAUUCCUUCUGGUUGGGGAACAACGGACUUAAAGGAUUCCUCCCCUCUCAGACUCCCCCUCCUGCAUACGACAGUGUCAUCCAUGCAUUUGAAGAGACUUGCACUUGAAACUGUCAGUAUAAAUACAACAAGAACUGAAAAAGAAGAACUUAAUGGGAUUACCGUGGACUCUGUGUCCUGCUCUCUAUAAGGAACAGUUAUCCCUGCGGAUUGACUGAUCAGACCAUUUCUGCCACUUUUCAGUCCAUAGCACUGUGUCUUUAACUGAAUAAGAUGCUUACGCAGCAAUCUAGUGUCAGCUCAGUACUAUACCAUGAAAUAUAGAUUAGGGGUGCAACUAACUAAUGAAAUAACUUGAAGAUUGUUUUCUCAAUAAAUUAAUUAGUUGUUUACUCUAUAGAAUCUCACAAAAUAACAAAAAAAAAAGGCUAUCACAUUUUCCCGAGGGCCUGAGGUGACGGCCUCAAGUGUCUUGUUUUGUUCCAAACUCAAAAGUAUUCAAUUCACAAGGAUAUAAAACAGAGACAAGCAGCAAAUUCUCACACUGGAGAAAAUUGGGACAAGCAAAUGUUGGGCAUUUUAGGUAGGAAAAAUGACUCUAACGAUUAACCAAUUAAUCGACUAACCACUGCAGUUAUCGUGUAAUUUUUUCGAGGCAACUGCAGGGCACCCGAUGGCCCACGUCGUAGUCCACCAGUUGAGAGACACUGGUGGUGAAGGGAGCCUGGGGUUAGAUUUUGCUCUGACUGUGUGAAAGUGAGGGAAACACUGUCUGCUAGAUAGUUGUAAUUAUCUAAUGUCACAAUAAAGAUUU